CCUUCUCGUUACAAAGCGCUGAUCAUUAUCUAACAAGGCAAACAGAUGAACACGUGCAGAAGGAGAAUUUAAGCUCUUCUCUCUCGCUGCUGGGAGCUCCACGUUUGAAAAAGCUGCAAAGAUGUCCUCGUGUGARUUUGAGUCYGUGGAGAAAUCCCUGGAGUCUCACCUGCCCGAGGCUGAGCUGGCCCAGGUGAAGAGGAUCUUAUAUGGGAAGGAAACAGUGAAGCUGGAGCUCCCGGCCUUCGCUGUUGAAGCUGCUUCUGAGCGUGACUUUGAGCUGAAGGGUUACAAGUUUGAUGCUGCACAGGAGCAACUCAGACCACCCAGACGAAUCAGAGUGGGACUCGUCCAGCACCGCAUCGUUUUACCAACCGAUGCCCCGAUCCUGGACCAGAUCAGCRCGCUGCACAGUCGUGUUGGUGAAAUCGUUGAGGUUGCAGCCAUGUGUGGCGUGAACAUCAUCUGCUUCCAGGAGACCUGGACCAUGCCCUUUGCUUUCUGCACCCGGGAGAAAGAACCGUGGACGGAGUUCGCAGAGUCCGCUGAGGAAGGAAGCACCACACGUUUCUGCCAGGAGCUUGCCCUGAAAUACAACAUGGUGAUUGUCUCCCCCAUUCUGGAGCGAGAGGAGCUGCACAGCACUCUGUGGAACACCGCAGUGGUGAUCUCCAACUCUGGAACUGUGCUGGGAAAGAGCAGGAAGAACCACAUUCCCAGGGUCGGAGACUUUAAUGAGUCCACGUAUUAUAUGGAGGGGGACACAGGCCACACUGUGUUCCAGACACAGUUUGGGAGGAUUGCAGUGAACAUCUGCUAUGGACGUCAUCAUCCCCUCAACUGGUUCAUGUUCAGCAUGAAUGGAGCUGAGAUCAUCUUUAACCCCUCUGCCACUGUUGGUGCUCUCAGUGAACCCAUGUGGCCCAUCGAGGCCAGGAAUGCAGCCAUAGCUAACCACUGUUUCACCUGUGCCAUCAACCGUGUCGGGACAGAACAGUUCAAAAGCGAAUUCACAUCUGGUGAUGGAAAAAAAGCUCACCAUGACUUUGGACACUUCUAUGGGUCCAGUUACGUAGCUGCUCCUGAUGGCAGCCGGACCCCCGGGCUGUCUAGGACCCGUGAUGGCCUGCUGGUAGUAGAGAUGGACCUGAACCUGAACAGACAAGUCAGUGAUAAAUGGACUUUUAAG